AUGACUUGUCCGGGUAAAGAGGGUACUCCGUUGCCCUACACUGCUUCACCCGUCAAGUUACUCCGGAGCGACUUGUCCUUGUUUAUUUCCAAGCUAUGGGCGCUUCCAGGUCUCUUUCUGCCCCUGAAUCUAGCUCGCACCCGUGAGUUGGACGAGCUCUAUCCAUCGUUACGCAAUGGGGCUACCGUGUUGAUUCAUAUAUUUCUCGUGGCUUAUCAACUUGUUGUCUUGCUCUCGUUGCCGAUCAUGGUUAUCUGUAUGCUUCCAGGCCUCUGGAUCCUUGCUUAUUCGACUAUUGCUUUCACUAUCAAUUAUGCGAUUGUCAUGUUGAUGUUGAACGGCUUCGAGCAGAUUCUGGUAUCCCAAGUGCCCGUGGUUGAGCAACCAGGUCAUGAGCGGGAGCGUUGGCUGUAUAUAAAUGGAAUAGCAGCUGGGCAUCACUGGGUACAGAUGAACAUAGAUCAACUGUCAUACAUCUUUGGUCGAAAAGUGACUGGUGUGCAUAAUCGCACCGCGGGCGUUGUCUUUGAUCUCAUCGAGUGUCUGAUUCAACGGGAUUUUGCAUACGCAACUGACGAUAUACGACGAUCAUAUGCCUUGGUCAAGGAAGCUCUCUUGGACCCAGAAUGUGACAAAGUGGUUCUGCUUCUUCAUAGCCAAGGCGGUAUCGAAGGGGGACUUGUCCUGGACUGGCUUCUGGAUGAGCUACCACACGAUCUUCUUCAUCAUUUGGAGGUAUAUACCUUCGGAAAUGCCGCGAAUCACUUCAACAACCCGCGAUGGACAAAACUACCCAGGCCACAGUGGAUUUCAACCCCUGAUCCAGCGCAUCAAUUUGGUCAAUCCAUCGGCCAUAUCGAGCAUUACGCCAAUGCGGGCGAUAUUGUGGCUCUGGGAGGAGUGCUCCACUUCGUGGACAUCCCAAAUCGAUACAUGGGCCGGCUGUUCGUGCGCCCGAAUUCAGGCCACCUACUUAACAUGCAUUACCUGAGCAACAUGUUUACCCUAGGCCCUGAUAUGAAGGUUCUUGACUCCAAUCCAUUCAUGGAUAUGGAAGUUGAACCAUGGGCAACUGCCGGUAUAAAUGGAUAUGAUGGCCCUCCGCAUCGAGUCAGGUAUCAACCCACUAUAGCCCGAGACGAGGCGUUCCUCCCCGCCGAAUUGAGCCUGCAACGGUCACAAACGAAUGGUGUGGAUCAAAUACUGCGUGUCAAGGACUUCAGUCGACUCUGGCAAUAUAGAAAUGGAGGACGCCCGAAAGAGACCGAGGCGGGGCAUAAUACUGACACCCACGAACAUGUCAAUUUAGUAUAA